AUGAAAUCGUGGCGAUUUGAUAUUGGUUUGAUGGUUCUCUAUCAAUUAACAUUAUUCUUUUCGGUUCAAUUAUUAUUUGUUAUAUUUCUUGAAUAUAUGCCAUCAACAUAUUGUGAUAAAAAUGAUUAUUGUUAUAAAAUGAGCAGUAAAUGUUUAACAAAAUAUGAUAAUUCAAAACCAAAUUUAUGUUCAACUGGAAAUAAUAAUAAUGAAAUAUCGAUGGAAUGUGUAAAAGAAUCAAAAAAUGUUGAUUAUUAUUCAGCACAAUUUGAAUAUCAACAAGAAUGUGGAAAUCUUCGAUGGAUAUCAGCAACAACAAUUACUUAUGUUGGAACUGUUUUGGGUAAUGCAAUUCUUGGAUAUCUUUCUGAUAAAAUUGGUCGACGUCCUGUUUAUUUAAUUGCUGUUUGUAUUGGUAUACCAUCAUUAAUUAUAAGUGCAUUAUUUGAUAGUGUUAUAAUAUUUUACAUUUUUCGAUUUCUUGUUGGAUUUGCAGCUGCUGGAACAUUAACUGUUGGUUGGACAUAUGGUUCAGAAAUGAUAUCACCAGAAAGAAGAUUUAGGUUUGUUAUUAUUCAUUUUAUUAUUUUUUGUUAAAACAUUAAUUAUUACAAUUACAGAUUGAGAACUUAUCCAAAUUGGGCAAAUGCAAGAAUGAUGCAAGUUGGUGUUGCUUAUUUAGCUGGAAAUUGGAGAAUUACAUCAUAUAUUUGUGCAGCAAUUUCAACUUUGAUUAUUCCAAUGAUUUGGUAUUUACCUGAAUCUCCAGUUUAUCUUGAACAAAAAAGAAAAUAUGAAAAAGCAGAUGCUGCGAGAAAAAAGAUUGCCAAACUUUCAAAUGAAACUGUUGAUGAAACAAAAACAUUGAAAUCUGAUAAGAAUUCUCCAGUGAAUUCUCCUCGAAUUCCACUUCGAACAAUCACAUUCAAAACAAUGCUAAAAAGUCCAGCACUUCGAAGAAAUUUCCUUAUUUUAUGUUUUAUGUGGUGGUAUGUUGGAACUGCAAUUUAUAUCACCGAUUUGAAUGGUUCCGACAUGACAAAAAACUUUUAUGUCGGACAAUUCUUUGCUGGACUUGUUCUGACUGUUUCGAAGAUUGUGAGUUUCGGAAGUUUUUAUAAUUAAAAAAAAUUAUCUAAACGUUUUCAUAUUUUUAGAGUAUUGGUCUUAUCGAACCACGAUUUUCAUGGAUUGGAAGACGAACUGUUUUUCUUUCUGCUCAAGCAAUUUCAAUUAUUACUUACAUUAUAAUUCUUAUACUUCUUUAUACAGACAACAAAAGUUCAAUAAUUUAUACAAUUGUAUAUAUGUGUGCUUUUGCAUUUCAAUCAGUUUGUCUCGAACCAUGUUAUCUUUGUCUUGCGGAACUUGUUCCAACUGAUAUGAGGAGUACUGUAGGUGCUAUUUGUAAUAUUCUUAUGAAAGUUGGCUCUUUGAUGGCUUCAUUUACGGUAAUUAAUAUCACAAUGAUUUUAAAAAUAUUCAAAAAUUCUUUUUUUUUCAGAAAGAAAUCAAAUAUGCAUAUGAACCUGGUCUUUUCUGGAUGAAUUUGGUUUUGACUUCUGUUGGAAUUACCGUAGUUUACUUUAUACUACCAGAAUCUAGAAAUCAAGAUAUUGCUCUUAUUGGUCAAGAUGAAACUGACGAUUCGGACAAAGCGACCCAAGAUCUGGAAUCUACUGUCACAUCAAAAAAUGCCACAGAAAAGACAGCUGACUCGGAAACUUCAGAAUCUUCGAGUCCAACACCAAUGAGUUCAAUAAAAUUCGAUACAACUCAAAGUACUAGUGAAUCUGAAAAAAGAAAGAAUAACUCGGAACAAAAAAGAAAAGUUUGA